AUGGCAGAGAUGAGGAUAAAGAGAAUAACAUCUGAUAGGAAAUGGUGUGUUGCAUGUUUUGUUGAUGAUCAUAACCACGGUCUUGAUAGGAAUAUGUCGGAUGUUGAUAUAGCUCACAUGAAUAACUUGAGGGAGGUGGGAAUUAGCAUUCCAAAGGUAUAUCAGUCAUUUGCGAUGCAGGUUGGAGGGUUCAACUUAGUCAGGUUUACGAAGCAAGACAUGCACAAUGAGGUCCGCAAGCAACGUGCACUGCAGGAAGGGGAUGUUAAUGCUACGCUGCGGAUUUUCGAGUGUGUUGCAAGGGAUGACAAGAGACUCUUUUGGAGAUACGAAGUUGGUGAUGGUGAUCGGAUGUGUGAUAUGAUAUGGAGUGACGGGCGCAGUCAAGAAGAUUACCAGGUUUUUGGAGAUGUCCUUGCUUUUAAUACGACCUAUGGCAGGAAUAAGUAUAACCUUCAGGUGAUUGUGCUGUUUGAGGUUAAUCACCAUAACCAAACAUGUGUUUUUGCAACUGUCAUGAUCUCUUGUGAGGUGCAAGAAUCGUACAAGUAA